AGAGCGGAGAGAUGGGGAAGGAGGUGGCGGCUCUUGAGCUCGUGGACUAAAAGCACCGCGCUCAGCUCCCUGAGGUCGGUGGUACCGCCAGUGCUAUACCCGGCCCCGCGUCGGCGGCGAGGUUUCCUUCGGGAUUCGUUGGAAAAAGUGGCUGUGACCCGAGAGAUACUUAGCGCAAGGUAAUUCUCUAAUGGAUCAAUGAAGGCCAACGAUGACAAGUUGUGGUCAACAGUCCUUGAAUGUGCUGAUGGUUCUGCUUUCAUUACUCUUGUCAGCAGUGUUGUCUGCACAUUUUCGGGUCUGUGAGCCGUAUACGGACUACAAAGGCCGCUACCACUUUGGUUUUCACUGCCCCCGUCUUUCUGACAAUAAAUCUUACAUCUUUUGCUGUCACCAUAACAACACAGUAUUUAAAUACUGCUGCAAUGAGACAGAAUUUCAGACUGUUAUGCAGAUGAACUUAACAGGGAACGCAGAUGGAUAUAUGCAUAACAACUACAGUGCACUGUUAGGAGUGUGGAUCUAUGGCUUUUUUGUGGUGAUCUUGCUUAUACUGGACCUUUUAUAUUACUCUUCAAUGAACUAUGACAUUUGCAAAUUUUACCUGGCACGGUGGGGCAUCCAGGGAAAGUGGAUGACACAGGGACAGAGCCGAUGGAUUAACCCUGCUCAGGAUCCAAGCCAAGUACAGACACAGCCUCAGCCAGAGACACAGCCUCAAACUCAGACACAGCCUCAAACAUCACAGACAGUGCAUACUUUAAAAGGAGAUGCUUUAAGCCCACCCCUGAUGACUUUUCAGAGUACAUCUGCCUGAAAAUUAUAAUGAUGUGCCUCAAGAUGGGAGAGGUAAGAUCAGACUUCAAGGAGCAGCUUUUAAGAAAAUCAACUAAAUGACAAGAGCUGAAAAAAGCUGAAAAAUGCAGGCAAGAGAAAGAAUACAAGAAGAAGACUGAGCAAGUCCCCUGAAAAGAAACACCAGGCAGACAGCUUCUACAGGCAAACAAUAUAGAAAUAGUUUCCAGAAGAAAGCAGUCUGUAAGCAAUAUUCUAAUUCUAGACUGACAAUAUUGUCUCUGAAAGAAAGCAUCAUAUUUGACGAAAUGCUCAAUAGGAAAAAAAUUAAGUUGCUCUGGCAAAUCCACAUAAAGGUGGGAAAAGAUCACUAGACAAACCUUUGGUAGACAACAUUUCUUUGCCUCCCCAUCCAUCUAUUGCCCUUUGAGCCUAAUCUAAGUGUCAGAAUACUGAAUGUGAGUUUUUCCAAAGUUCUCUGGUGAAAAUUUUGUCACAAUAGGGUAGAUGCUGGCAAUCCUCAUUACUGUUAACCAUAUUGCCAUAUGCAUUACAAGGUAGAGUGAAUCCCUUUCAUCAAGUCAAACUGCAUGAUAUCCACCGUUUCAACCUUAAUACACAUUUGAAGAUAAUUGGCAAUGAUUCUGCUAAGACACCAAACAUCUGAACACAUAUUAGCUUCACCUUCAUGCACCCUCAUGAAGAGGGGAGCUUUAUUAAGCAGCAACACAGACAUCACCCCCAUUCUCACUGAAGCUGAAAGAGAAGCAGAAAAAAAAAUAAA